CAAGAUGGCUCCUCAUAUAAAGUCAGGUUCCUGGCUUCUCUCUAGUGAACAUCAAAAUUACUCUUUAUUUCCAAUUAGAAUUAAACACAGUUUUAGGUCCAGUGCAGAGGGGUAACCCGGAGUUUGAACCUGAUAUAAAAGAAAAUUAAAUCGUGGCUAUACAUCCCGAGAUUUUAGGGAGAAAAGGGGGACCUUUUUCAAGCUAUGACUUAAAAGCAGUAUUUCUUCUGUGUCUGGCGGUGGAUGGUGCGCGACAGAACAAGGGCCUUUUACCACCAACAUCGCCGGAGCGCUUGAGAUUUAAAAAACAGAAUCGAACUAUUGAAAACGCAUGUUGGAUAUUUGGUGCGAAACAGACCACUCAAGAUCUCCGUUUCAUUCCUAAUUCAGCAUCAUGGCAGUAUCAAGACUUGAUCGCCUGUUUAUUUUGCUGGACACUGGCACGACUCCUGUGACACGAAAGGCAGCAGCACAGCAGCUAGGAGAUGUGGUCAAGCUCCAUCCUCAUGAGCUGAAUAACUUGUUAUCUAAAGUUUUAACAUACUUAAGGAGCCCUAACUGGGACACCCGCAUUGCAGCAGGCCAAGCAGUAGAAGCCAUUGUGAAAAAUGUUCCCGAGUGGAAUCCUGUCCCAAAACCGAAACAAGAGUCUAGCUUAGACAGUUCCAUGGAGGAGGCACCUUCAGAUAGGCUUAGUUUCUACAGAUUUGAUGUCUCGCAACUUUUAAAACAUGGAUCAUCUUUGUUGGGAUCAGCUGGUGUGGAGUUUGAGAUCCAGGACGACAGUUCAGGUGAAGCUGAUCCCAAGGAGAGAUUAGCUCGACAGAGGAAGCUGCUGCAGAAGAAACUUGGCCUUGAUAUGGGAGCCGCCAUUGGCAUGAACACAGAGGAUCUUUUCAAUGAUGAAGACCUGGAUUACACUCCCUCCAAGAGCCCAGCAGCUAAUAAGCAACCUACUAUGCCGGCUGCUGAAUUAAUUGACUCUGAGUUCCACCCAGGAAUGAGCAACCGGCAAAAGAACAAAGCAAAGAGGAUGGCAAAGUUGGUUGCCAAGCAGCGAUCGAGAGAUGCAGAUUCCAACGAGAAGAGUAAUGACAGUUUUGAUGGAGAGCCUGAGGAGAAACGAAGAAAAACAACAAAUGUUGUAAUUGAACAACCGGCAACAGACUCCAAAGUCUUAAUAGAUAAUGUUCCUGAUAAUUCGAACCUGUUUGAUGAGAUUAACGAAUGGCCAUUGGAGAGCUUUUGUGAAGAGCUUUGCAAUGAUCUUUUUAAUCCAUCGUGGGAGAUUCGUCAUGGUGCAGGAACUGGACUCAGGGAGAUACUGAAGUCUCAUGGGAUUGGUGGUGGAAAACUGAUUGAUAGCACUUUAAAUGAGAUGGAGCAGCAGCACCAGGAAUGGUUAGAAGACCUUGUCAUCAGACUUCUUUGCAUCUUUGCACUUGAUCGAUUUGGAGACUUUGUUUCUGAUGAGGUUGUGGCACCUGUACGAGAGACCUGUGCUCAAACCCUAGGUGUCGCUCUGAAGCACAUGAACGAGCGUGGAGUUAAACACACUGUAGAUACCCUCCUUAAACUUUUAACAGAGGAACAGUGGGAAGUGAGACAUGGAGGGCUUCUUGGAAUAAAAUAUGCCCUGGCUGUGCGACAGGACCUGAUUGGUGCGUUACUACCAAAAGUAUUGCCUGCAAUCACAGAGGGGCUGCAGGACCUGGAUGAUGAUGUCAGGGCAGUAGCCGCAGCAGCACUGAUUCCAGUUGUGGACGGUCUUGUACAUCUUCAAGCUAUUAAGGUACCUUUCAUUGUAAACACGCUGUGGGAUGCCCUGCUGGAACUGGAUGAUCUUACAGCCUCCACGAACAGCAUCAUGACCCUGCUGUCCUCGCUACUAACGUACCCUCAGAUUCGACAAUGCAGCAUUCAGCAGUCCCUCACAGUCCUUGUCCCACGUGUCUGGCCAUUUCUCCACCAUACUAUCUCAUCUGUACGCAAAGCAGCGCUGGAAACUUUGUUCACCCUCUUAUCGAAAGAGGAUCAAAGCUGUGCUGCAUGGCUCACCCCUAUUUUACAAGACAUGCUAAGGCAUAUCUUCCAAUCCUGCAUUUUGGAAAGCAACCAAGAAAUCCUGGAUCUCAUUCAAAGGGUGUGGACGGAGUUGAUCCGCCAGGCUCCGCUCCAGUAUGUGGUAGCUGCUGCCUGCCCGUGGAUGGGAGCUUGGCUAUGUUUAAUGAUGCAGCCCUCUCACAUGCCAAUUGAUUUAAACAUGCUGCUUGAGGUCAAAGCUAAAUCAAAGGAAAAAACUUGUGGGAAACUGCGUCAAGGACCGAACCAGGUGAAAGAAGUGAUCCAGGAAUAUAUAGCUAGUGCAGACACAAUAAGUGAAGACCCAGCUACCAGGGAUUAUUUUGUUAUGCGAGCACGUAUGAUGGCAGCAAAGUUACUGGGGGCCCUCUGUCGCUGUAUUUGUGACCCCGGGGUUAAUGCUCUGAGCCAGGAAAUCAAGCCCUCGGAAUCGCUGGCCCAGCUGCUGCUGUUUCACUUGAAUUCUAAAUCUGCCCUGCAGCGGAUUGCUGUAGCAUUAGUACUUUGUGAGUGGACAGUACUGCACAAGGACUGUAAAGCAGUGUCUAUUGCAGUGCAGCCGCGGUUGUUGGCUAUUCUGUCAGAGCAUCUGUAUUAUGAUGAGAUAGCAAUUCCUUUUACUCGAAUGCAGAAUGAAUGCAAACAGCUGAUGGCUUUGCUAGCUGACGCAAAUCUUGACGUCAGCAACAGAGUAAACUGCAGCGUGUUUACAAUAGAUCAAGCUAAUGAACUGGUCACUACCAUCUUCAAUGAAUCCACAGCAGCAAUAAAUCUGAAGUCAAAACCGUUUGAGCAGCUAGAUAGUAAAAGGCAGCAAGUCCAGAUGACUGUAAUGGAGACCAAUCAGGAGUGGCAGAUGCUCCACCUGAGAGUUCACAUGUUCACUGCCUGCGCUAUUGUGAACUUGCAACUACUUCCAGACAAGCUGAACCCUGUCAUCAAGCCGCUGAUGGAGGCGGUGAAGAAAGAAGACAACACGCUGGUGCAGAGCUACGCUGCCACCUUCAUCGCCAAGCUGCUACAGCAGUGUAUCCCCAGGACUCCCUGCCCCAACCCCAAAAUCUUGAAGAACCUGUGCAGCUCUGUGUGUGUGGAUCCACUGGUCACCCCCACCGCUGGCUGCCCUGUUCCAGCACCCAUCAGUCAGGAAAACUCGAAAGGAGUCAACUCUGAAAAAGAUGGCAUGCACCAUACAGUUAACAAGAGGAAAGGAAUUCUAACUUUAUACCAGCACCAGAAAGCUGCCUUUGCCAUUACCAGCAGACGAGGUCCUACUCCCAAAGCUCUCAAAAGCCAGACUACAGACCUUCCUGCUGGUAGCAGCGCCUCUGGAGAAAUCGAUGAGGCAAAGAAGCCAUGCCUAGUGCAAAGGAGAGGGGCUGAUUUUACACUCACUACUAUAGCACGGCACUUCGGUUCAGAAUUCAUUUCAGGGUUGCCGCAUCUAUGGGACUCUAUGGUUGGACCCUUAAGGAGCUCAAUUGAUGUAGAGAAUUUUGAUGGGGAGAUGCUGCUGAAGAAAGGGGAUGGUGCAGCCCAGGAGAUGGUAAACUCAUUACAGGUGCUGGAAAUCACAGCAGGGUCAAUGUCUUCUGAACUUCAUCCUUUGCUGCUGCAGUACCUGCCAGAUCUGUGUACGUGCCUACAGCACCCAUUCACAGCUGUGAGACACAUGGCCGCGCGAUGUGUGGGUGUCCUGAGCAAAAUCGCUACCAUGGAAACCAUGAAUGUCUUUCUGGAGAGAGUCCUUCCGUGGCUGGGAGCGAUCAAUGACAACACCAAGCAAGAGGGAGCAAUUGAAGCAAUGGCUUGUGUAAUGGAGCAGCUGGACGUGAAUAUUGUCCCAUACAUCGUGCUGUUAGUGGUGCCGGUGCUCGGGCGGAUGAGCGAUCAGACAGACAGCGUGCGCUUCAUGGCUACGCAGUGUUUUGCUACACUCAUCAGACUAAUGCCUCUGGAGGCUGGCAUUCCAAAUCCCCCAAAUAUGUCUGAGGAUUUAAUCCGACAAAAAGCCAAGGAGCGUCACUUCCUUGAACAGCUUUUAGAUGGGAGAAAGUUGGAGAAUUACAAAAUUCCUGUCCCAAUUAAAGCAGAGCUCAGGAAAUACCAGCAGGAUGGUGUGAACUGGCUGUCUUUUCUCAACAAAUAUAAGCUACAUGGAAUUCUGUGUGACGACAUGGGAUUGGGAAAGACAUUGCAAUCCAUCUGUAUACUGGCUGGAGACUACUACCUCAGGGCUCAAGAAUACACCAAGUCCAAGGCAGCCAACUGUAGCCCUCUCCCUUCUCUGGUUGUCUGCCCUCCAACACUGACUGGCCAUUGGGUGGAUGAAGUAGGCAAGUUCUGCUCCAGAGAAUAUCUGAAUCCUCUGCACUAUACAGGACCGCCUACUGAGAGGGCAAGGUUACAGCACCAAGUGAAGAAGCACAACCUUGUGGUAGCCUCUUAUGAUGUUGUACGAAAUGACAUUGACUUUUUCAGAAAUAUUCAAUUCAACUACUGUAUUCUUGAUGAAGGUCAUGUAAUCAAGAAUGGAAAAACCAAGCUCUCAAAAGCAGUAAAGCAGUUAGCAGCCAACUAUAGGAUUAUUCUUUCUGGAACACCAAUCCAGAAUAAUGUAUUGGAACUUUGGUCCCUGUUUGAUUACCUGAUGCCAGGAUUUUUGGGCACUGAACGCCAAUUCGCAGCUCGUUAUGGGAAACCCAUAUUGGCAAGCAGAGAUGCCCGGAGCUCCUCUAGGGAGCAGGAGGCAGGUGUUCUUGCAAUGGAAGCAUUACAUCGCCAAGUCUUGCCAUUCCUUUUGAGAAGAAUGAAGGAGGAUGUCCUUCAGGAUCUCCCACCCAAGAUCAUUCAGGAUUAUUACUGCAAUCUCAGUCCAUUACAGAUUCAACUGUAUGAAGAUUUUGCCAAAUCUCGAGCGAAGGUCGACCUCGAUGACACGCUAUCUCCUGCUACUGCACCACAAGAGAACGAACAGCCAAAGCUAAAGCCUGCUGGUCAUGUGUUCCAGGCUCUGCAGUACCUGAGAAAGCUGUGCAACCAUCCAGCACUGGUUCUGAUGCCACAGCACCCAGAAUACAAACGGAUUACAGAGCAGCUCGCUGCCCAGCGCACAACCCUGCGUGACAUUCAGCAUGCUCCAAAGCUCUCUGCACUAAAGCAGCUUCUCUUGGACUGUGGUUUGGGAAAUGGAGGCACCACCGAGGGUGGCACGGAGGCUGUUGUCGCUCAGCACCGAAUCCUGAUUUUCUGUCAGCUCAAAAGCAUGCUGGACAUCGUGGAACACCAUCUCCUGAAAGCUCACCUGCCUUCAGUCACCUACCUGAGGCUGGACGGCAGCGUGCCGGCUGGACAGAGGCAUUCCAUUGUGUCACGAUUCAAUAAUGACCCCUCUAUCGAUGUGCUCCUGCUCACCACUCAUGUGGGAGGGCUGGGCCUGAACCUCACAGGGGCCGACACUGUAGUGUUUGUAGAACACGACUGGAACCCAAUGAGAGACCUGCAGGCCAUGGACCGAGCGCAUCGUAUUGGACAGAAACGUGUCGUCAAUGUGUACCGGCUGAUCACAAGAGGGACAUUGGAAGAGAAGAUUAUGGGCCUGCAGAAAUUCAAAAUGAGCAUAGCCAACACUGUGAUUAGCCAAGAGAACGCCAGCCUUCAGAGCAUGGGGACAGACCAGCUACUCAACCUCUUCACUCUUGAAAAGGAGGAGAAAGCAGGGAAGGGUGAAGCCCCAGGCUCAUCAGGAAAGACAUCAGCAAAGUCUGUCCUUGAAAAUCUAGGAGACCUUUGGAGUGAAGAACAAUACGACACUGAAUAUAACCUGGAUAGCUUCAUGUAUUCUUUAAAAUAGCAUGCUGGUCUGAGUCAAGUCUGAAGAGGUUGAAUUGACAUCCGUUCGCUGCUGAUAUUCAGCAUACAGUACAAUGAACUGUUCAGAUGGGUGUGGGAAUGCAAAUGUUUAUUUUGAAAGAAACCGAUUUGAGACUUACACUUGAAUAUCUGUGUUUAUUGAAGGGUGGUCGAAUAAAAUGUGUCUUGGGAGUUGGCAAGGUUUCUGCAAAGGUACAUUUAUUCGCUAUCAACCAGUUAACAGCUUACCUGGGAGUAAGCGUCUAGAACACGUAUGGGGUACUUGUCAGUUGUUUUUCAGCAGUCUUUGCAUUAAACCGGUUAAAAGGAUUUCAGUAAAUUUAAGUCUAAACAUUGAGCACACAUUAUGAAUUAGGACACUGUUUUAUCCUUUGGAGGUCUCAGGACUUGCUGCUUUUUUUUUUUUUUUUUCUCUUUUUAAAUAUGGCCAGUUGGCUCAAGACUAGGUUAUUAACACAAAUGAGGUAGUGCUGAAUUGGGCCAAGAUCACUAUUUCAAAAUAUUUUGACAGCUAUCUUUAAAUAAAAAUAAAAAAUAAAUAAAUAAUAAAAAAAAAAUAAGUAAACCUUUUCAGGUUUCCAAGUACCUAAUCUUGUACUGGAAGGAGGAGGAAGCAUGUAGAGGCAGGUAGCAGGCUUAUAGCUUGCUGUGUACUUGGGUGCAAAAACCAACAACUUGGAGCAGGAGCCUGGGCUAGUUAUUGUGAGGAUGAAAAACCACAACAGCUUUUAAUUUUUUUUUUUUUUUUUUUUAUUAUUUGGUCAACAUACUGACGAAGCAUGACUUAAACUUUUAUUUUUAUUAUGAACUGGCAGUUGUUCAUGGGCUUGAGUCUAAUAUAAAUAAAAGCGAGAAAGCUCUUUUGG